AUGCCUCAAACAUUCAGCAAUGAUUGUGAUCUUGAGGAUCCUGGAGAGCCUUGUGUGCCUCUAGGUCUUAAUAGGAAUAGCCUCCUUAAUAUCUUUAAGCUAUUCUUUAACGUCACAGUGGGUGAAGCUUACGAGUGUCCCUCAGGCCAUCAGGCCACAAACGCUUGGCAACUCGCAAGGCCAGUAAAUAUGCCAAAAUCAUCACAAUACUAUCAAAUUACUAUCAAACCAAUGGCUCCAAGCACUCCUGAUCGCAAGCCAAGUCGCCAUGAAUUCUCCACGCAUACCCGCACAAAAUUCUACAACGCCUAUGACCUCAGAAACCCAGGGGAAGGCAUCAAAGAUGUCAUAAAACGGAUCAACUUCACCGGCCACUACACAACGUGCAAGAACAUGCUCCGGCUGCGCAGAGAGAAGGGCAAGGAUGCUGACUACCGGCCUGGAAAGCAUCGCAAUGGCGAGAGCCAUCGUGUGAUUACAGAUGCGCAGCUUGCUGCUAUACAAAGCGACAACAAUCCAAUGCGAAAGGCACCAUUUGAUGCCCAGAUGCAGUACUAUGGCAUUCAGGCCACUGUUCGUACGCUGCAGAAGUAUAACAAAGAAGCGCAUUUCAAACGGAUUUAAGAUGGC